UAAACAGGUGGAUCAUCGAUUGGUCGUAUUUACCUUGCUAACAAGUCACAAGAGACAGAUUUAUUUUUUGUUGCAAUGUUUUUAGUUUAAUAUGCGAAGCGAUUGAUAGAAUCUUAUAUCAACGUCGAAUUAAUCGAACCGAAAUUUUUACCACUGCUAAUCUUUAUAUAAAUAUGGAAAUUGGCACAGUCAGUUGAAAGGGAUUUAAAUACAUUAAACGUUGUGUCGGUAAUAUACAUAGGGCUGCACUGAAAGUCAAAUCUUCAAUUAUAACGUUUUACUGUUAUGGUAUUGGAUGUAUAGGGUAUGAAGCGUAGAAAAUGCUACGUUAAAAGUGUUUGAUUUGACUAGAAUGAUGUCUAGUCCUAUACGCCAGAUGAAUCAGCGACGUCUACCCCCACUCCCGGGAGUUCAACAGGGAAAAUCUGGUCGUGGAGGACGCCCUACAACGGAAGAAAUGAUCAUAACGGGUCGCCACAAGAAACGAAAAAUAAAAGGAAUUAGUUCUGUCCUUAAUGAUCAGCAUGUGACGUCAAGUCGUAGUCGACAUUACAUGGCAACAGAUGUGUCUCCUGAAUUAGUUACGCAUUUUUUAAACGAAAAUCCAGAAUUUCUAGAUAGAUAUGUAACUACACAUGUUUCAGAGGACAAAAUUCGACAAUGGUCACUACGCAAAGGCAGUAAAAACGUCCACACCAGACAACAUAACUUAAAUGGGGAACUAUUGAGAGAAAAGAAAAGUAGUAAAUGGAAGACCUGUGUACAAUCAAGCAAAUGGAAGGUGUUACAUGAGAUGACAAGGGACAUAAGUUAUCAGACAGACAGAUUACAGAUUCUCGCAGAACUAGCUCAGUGUGCCGUAGAUUCAACCAGUGCAGAUGGGUUCAAUUUAUACCUGGCAGACAGUAAUCAACAGCUGUAUCAUCAUAAAGUAUCACCUAUAUCAUCCAGCAGGGGAAGUCGUACAACAGACAGACCUUCUGAGGGAUCGUAUAUUGGUAACAUAGAAACUGGAACAUCCCUACCAUCUUAUGUUGCCAAAACAAAAGAUACAAUCAGAACUAACCAUGUUCAGGGGGACAUGAGGUUUCCAGCUGGCCUAGGUAUAAAGAUGGAGCACGUCCAGACUGUUCUAGCCAUUCCAAUAUUACAGGAAGACUCAGGGGUGUUAGGUGUAAUAGAACUUUACAGACAAUUCAGUACCGACUCAUUUACUCAAGAAGAUGAAGAGGUGACUGCUACAUUGUUAGUCUGGGCUGAUGUAUGUGUGGAGUAUGUGCAGAUUGCAGCUAACAUGAUUUUCUGGGGGAGCUUUGCUGUCUAUUUUAUAGAGAUGUAUAAUAGUAUGAUGAGACAAAGAAAAUUAAACGAUUUCUUGUUAGCAGUCACAAAGUCAAUAUUUCAAGACAUAGUCAGCAUGGAUACAGUUAUUAUGAAAAUUAUGAAUUAUGCUAAAAAACUAGUGAAUGCUGACAGAGCAUCAUUGUUUCUCCUAGACACAAAAACUACUGAAUUAUAUGCUCGAAUAUUUGAUACGGGUAAAGAACAUGUUCCACAGAAAGAAAUUAGAUUUCCUAUGGACAAGGGUGUAGCUGGUCAUGUUGCCUCCACUGGGCAGGUGCUAAAUAUAACUGAUGCCUAUAAUGAUGGAAGGUUCAACAGGGAAGUUGAUAUGCAGACAGGGUACAGAACAAAGUCUAUAUUGUGUAUGCCUAUUUAUAUAAGAGGGAGUAUAAUUGGUGUUGUACAGAUGGUCAAUAAAAAGGAAGGCACAUUUACAAUGGCUGAUGAAGAAUCAUUUGAAACAUUUGCUAUAUACUGUGGACUUGCCUUACAUCAUGCCAAGUUGUAUGACAAGAUAAGACGAUCAGAACAGAAAUAUAAAGUGGCAUUAGAAGUUUUGUCAUAUCACGCUCAAUGUACCGAUGACGAGUACAAAAUUAUCAAAUCUACACCGUUUCCAGAUAAUAUACCAGGAAUUAUUGAUUAUGAGUUUUCUCCAUGGGACGUAGAAGACAACAGAAAAUGUUUGUAUGUGUUAUAUAUGAUGAAGGAUAUCUUUAGUAUGGCCACCAAAAAGAAUGAAAAUGAGAAAAGAUAUGACCUGGAUGAUAUGAUACGUUUCACUAUGACAGUCAAGAAGAACUACCGCAAUGUUCCUUACCACAACUGGGCACAUGCCUUCUCCGUGGCCCAUGCUGUGUACACUGUAAUCAAGACAACUAAACACAGUUUCUCUCCAGUUGAAUGUUUAGCACUGUAUGUUGCAUGUUUGUGCCAUGAUUUAGACCAUCGUGGUAAAACUAAUGCUUUCAUGGUCAAAAGUGCUUCCCCUCUUGCAGCUAUAUACUCUACCUCAACGAUGGAACACCAUCAUUUUAAUCACACUGUUACAAUACUUCAGAAUGAAGGACACAAUAUUUUUAAGCACCUGACUUCUGACCAAUACAAGCAGAUUUUAGGUGACAUCAGGCAAUGUAUUCUGGCAACAGAUUUAGCAUUAUUCUUUGGCAACCGGGCGAGAUUACAGGAAGUUUCUGAUAAAAAUGAAUUUUCCUGGGAUGAUAGUGAACACAGACGAUUAUUACGAGCUGUUACUAUUACUGCUUGUGAUCUCUGUGCUAGUGCUAAGCCAUGGGAUGUACAACUUCAGACCGUACACACAAUAUUUGAUGAAUUUUACAUGCAGGGUGAUGAAGAGAAAUCCCAAGGCCUGACACCCAUGCCAAUGAUGGACAGAGAUAAGAAAGACGAACUUCCACACUUAGAGGUUGGGUUCCUGGUUGGUAUUUGUUUACCAUGUUAUGAACUGAUGGCUCAGGUUUUACCAAAUACCAAACCUAUGGUGGAUGGUGCUGUGUCUAAUUUGAAAAAAUGGAAAUACCUCGCCGAAAAUAAACUGACAGUAGAUCAACUUCCUCCUGAACAGUGCGUCAAACAAUUGGAAUAUAAAACUAGUGAAAACAAACAAGACUCCUCAAAAACAAAUAAACAAACAGAAGAAGAUGACUCAGACAUACAAAACAAAGUUGACGCUAAUGCAGAGAACAAAGAUGAACUUACAGAAGAAAGCAAAAUGGAAUCAGUGGAAGAAAACAAAAAUAAGUCUAUAGAGAAUCCAUCUGAGAAAGGGAGCUUACUCACAGACGUUAGAUCUGAAUCAUCUGUGUUGGUUCAUAGUGAUAACGAUAAUAAUUUAACUGAACGGGACAACACAUAAUAAAUCAUCCACGUUUACAGUUCUAAAGUGCUCAUUCAUCUGUUCUAUAUAUAGUAUGUGCCAUUGUACUGGUCAACAGUCAUCAUGUGAUAUUUAUUUUUUAUGCCCAACUUCGGUAGAUUGGGGUGUAAUGUUUUCUGGCCUAUUCAUCUGUCUGUCUUGUAUCAUUAAAGUUUUUGGUUAAGGUCUAUCAUGAAGUUGUGGUCACACAUCACCUUGAGACUAUUAUGAACAUAUGUCAAUAAUAAUGUUUAAAAAAUAACUUGAGAGUCUUAUUUCAUGGUUCACUGAACAUAGAAAUGUGAGAGUGUGAAUCAAAUUCCUUCUCUGGAUAAAGUUUUUGAUUUACCAUCAAUGAGUAACUUUUGGCACUUGUUCCUUGUGAGGCAAGGUUUUCCAAUUCUAUGCCACAUUAUGAUUUUGACGGUAUUUACCAUUUACUAAUCAUUGGCACUUGAUGGUGUAGGCAGGGCAUAGAGACGCAUAUUCUUGUUUAUAUUUCAUUAUGGAAAGCCAUUUAUCAAACAAUA